AUGGGCAAGCUCCCAACCCACCUGCCCAGGCCAACAAGCCUCCUGUCCCACCGGCCCUCCCUCACAACCUCCUCCUGCUCCGGCGCCACACUCUCCGCCUCCUCACCACGGAUAGGAAGCAUCCAGCAAUCCCGCGCAGCAACCUUCAUCCCCCGCCCCCGCCGCCCCUACACCUUCACCCAGCUCAUCCAGCUCUCCGAUGGAAGCACCUACACCGUCCGCACCACCUCCCCCUCCCCCCUCGUCCGCUCCGCAAAGGACUCCCGCAACCACGCCCUCUGGCAACCCUCCGACAAGUCCCUCAAGAACGUGGAAGUCGACGAGGCCGGAAAACUCGCGGCCUUCCGUGAGCGCUUCGGUCGCGGGUUCGAUUUGGCCGCCAAGAAGCCGACAGAGGAGGAGCUCAACGCCGCCGCCGCCGCCGCCGCAACCUCUUCUGCAAAGGACGCUGGAAAGGGCGCUGCUGGAAAGGACGCUGCUGCCACAGGAAAGGAUGCUGCUGCUGCUGCCGCCCCGGCAAAGGAGACCGCGAAGCCAGCCCAGCCGGCCGCCACCCCCGAGGACGACGACAUCUUCGACAUGGGCGACUUGAUCAGCGGGUACGCCGCGAUGCAGCCGCAGCAGGCUGCCAAGGAGCCCCCCAAGAAGGUGGCGGCACCGGAGAAGGGCAAGAAGGGAAAGAAAUAA